UGUCAAAGCAAAGUUCGAAUCUCGACAAUACAUUGCAACCUGCGCCAAUUAUUUUGAUAAUAUUCAUAAGUCUAGUACUUCUACAAAAGACAUACCUGCAAAUGGUAUUAAUACACACUUGGUUAUAGAAUGUAAUAUACAAGAUGUAUCGGUUGAAAUUAUUGAAUACCAUUUAUGGAAAGAUGUUGAUGGAAUACUUAUUGAUAUGUUGAAUGUCGGAUUAAAUUCAAUAGAUAAAAAUGUUAAACCACGAAAUCCGGGAUGGUUUAUUACGGCAAG